AUGCCAUCUGAAGCGCAUGCAGGGCCCUCUGGGGCUGCUGCCGCUUCUGCUGCUGCUGCUGUUCGUGGUGACUCAGAAGAAGAACUCUUUUGGGCUAACCACGACGCUAAGCUUUUCUCUCGUGUCAAUCCGCAGCUGCUGCAGCUGCUGCAGCAGCAUCAGCAGCAAAGCAAGGCAUUCUUGGACUUCACGUUGCCUCUCCUAGAGACGCGCAGUAGAUGCCGGAAACAGCAACAGCAGCAGCAACCACAACAGCAACAGCAACAGCAGCAGCAGGCGGUGGUGCAUACUGCAUCGCUGAUCCUCGCUCCUGAGGAUUUGCAUGCAACAGAAGAUGAUGCUGCUGCGCACAGAUCUGAGGAGGAGGAGCAGCAACAGCUGCUGCUGCAGCUGGAGAAGCUGCAGCAGCAGCUGCAAGAGGAACAGAGGAGGCACCAACAGAAAGAGCAACAGCAACAGCAGCAGCGGCAGCAGCAACAAGCCGCAGGAAAUAGCAGCGUAUCCCCAAGCCCGGUAGCGGAGAAGCGGAGGGCGACGGAUCCUAGCAGCAGCAACGGCAGCACCAGCAGCAGCGAUGAUCCAACUGGGGGCGUGUCUGGUUCUGCUGCAAAUGCGCAGCAGCAGCAGCAGCAAGGAUCUGCUGCUUCGAGUUCUUGCUCAGAUAGUUCCAUUUCUCCCACCAGCAGCAACAGCAGCAGCAACGACGGGAGCAUCGAUUUGGUGUCUGCAGAGACGAGUUUAUUUUCUUGGCUUCCUGUGUCUCAUUGUCCUUCUUUGCUGCUGCUGCUGCAUCAGCAGCAGCUGCUAGCGCAUGCACCUUAUCAGACAAGAGACACAGGAAUGGCGUAUAGGGAGAGGGAAGCAGGUUCGCAGACUUUAUUAGAUUUAAUAGUAAAAAAGAAACCUGCUGCAGCACAAAGACACCAGCAAUGGAGACACGGGGGGGGAGGACGCAGCUGCAGCAGCAGCAGCAGCAGCACCAACAACAGUGCCCAGCGUGCAGGAAGCGCGAGGGGCAAAAGAUCCACGGAUGCAUCUGCAGGUGGUGCAUCAAAUGCAGCAGGCGCAGCAGGUGCAGCAGGUGCAUCAGGUACAGCAGGUGCAGCAGCAGCAGGCGGCUCUGCUGCUGCUGCUGCUGCAGAUGCAGAAGAUGAAUCUGCAUGCGGCGCUGCUUUUAAUCCCCUCUGCAACAAGAAAUGGGAUGGACAAAGAUUACCUCCGGUGUCCAUACACCCCGAGCCUGAGGGUGCUGUGUUGUCGCUGCUGCUGCCUUCGGGUGUCACUGCAGCAGACUUCCCCCCUGAACUAGAUAGCUGCACAAGCAUAGAUGAGCUGUUACAACUUGUUGCUGCAGCAGCAGCAGCACAGCAGCAGCAACAACAGCUGAUGCUGCCACAUAGCGAUGCAGCAGACGCCUCUACUUCGUCUACAGAAUGGGGCAUGCAGCAGCAGCAGCAGCAGGGAGAAGCAGGUGCAGGUAGAACGUCCCGCAGGCCUCUGCCGCUUCCGCAGGUCCUUAGCGGGCCUACUGCAGUGUGGCUCUCUCCCCCUGCAGCAGGAGCAGCAGCAUCAGCAGCAGGGGCAGCAGCAUCAGCAGCAGCAGUCAAACGUGAAGCCAGCAGCAGCCCAACAGCAGCAGCAGCAGGGAGAGGCGGGGAGGAUGAGGCUGUCUUGCCUCUUUAUUCUCAAUCCUACAUAGACGGUCUAGACACCCGAAGCCGCGCUGCUCUAUGGGCGCGCGUAGGGAGGGAGCAGCAACAACUGCAGCAGCAGCUAAAGCAGCAGCAGGAGGAGCAGCAAAAGGAUGCCAAGGUGUGUUCUGCUGCAACUUCAGCAGAUGCUGCAACAAAUGGUGCAGCAGAUGCUGGAGCCGGCGACGACGUGCUGCUGCCUCCACGGCCUGCUCAUGUGCUGCCUCCCCUGUUUUGCUACUGGGAGCAGGAUGAGAACCGCCCACAACAGCAGCAGCAGCAGCAGCGGGUGUCUCCUUUCCCCCCUGCAGCUGCAGCCGCAUGCCCCGAAGACGCAACAAAGAGGACAGGUAUCCCUCUUGCUUUAGAUUAUAAUAAAGAGAAAGGAGUGCUGCUGCCGCUGCGGGGCUUAGAGAAGCAACACCAGCAGAUGCACCGUGUAAUCACAGCAGCAGCAGCAGCACCAGACGCAGCAACGGCAGAAGGAGGAGGAGCAGCAUCAACGGCUGACACGGCAUCAACAAAGACAACAGCGGCUGAAACAGAAGCAGCAACAACAGCAACAGCAGCAGCAGGACCAGCACUCGGAAAGACGGCUGGCCACGCAUCAGCAGAGGCUGAGACAGUAGUAGCAGCAGCACUGUCCAUCCAAGAAACAGCAGCAGCAGCUGCUGGUGCACCUGCUUUAGCUGCUUCUGCAGCACCUGCUGCCGCUCCUGUUGCUUCUGAAGGGAAUCCACCCGAGCUGCGUCUAGAGGCUGCAGAUGCAAGCUUGCAGGAGCAAGCCCAGCAGCAGCAGCCUCAGGAGGAGGAGCAGGAGCAGCAAGAGCAGCACCAGGAGCAGCAGCAACAACAGGAAACGCAACUUCGUCAGGCUAUGCAGCUGGAUGGCGACAAGCAGGUGCAGCUGAAGGUUGAUGAUAGUGCUGAGCAGCAGGAGAAACAGCAGCAGCAGCAGCAGCAGCAGCAGAAGCCUGUAGGAGAUACGUGGAUUGAGACGGAAGCAGAAAACUUGGCUUGGCGUUUAGUUCGGCUCGCAAAUGAAAAACAGCACAUACUGAAGGAUCUGUUGUCGGCUGUUUCUGCUGAGCGGCGGCCUGCGCUGCAGGAGUGGGCACAAGUUGAAGACAAAAUGUUGCAGUAUUACAAGAGCCAAUCUGCAUCGCAUGCAUUAGAUAGUCGUCAUACAUACACUUUAGCAGAUCAAUCCCUUGACGUGCUGCGGCUGCGGGUAACCUGCAGCAGCAGCAGCAGCUUACCCCCUGCAUGGGCAGAGAGGGCAUUAUGUACAGUUUGUGGCAGCGGUGAUGAUGGAGAAGACGAUCCAAUUAUCUUUUGUGAUGGUUGUUAUUCACCAAGUCAUUUUUCUUGUCUUGGAUACAGCAACAGCAGCUUUGAUGCAACAGUUGCUGCUGUUGCUGCUAAACGCAGACGCAGAGCACUUGCUGCAGGAGGGGAUAAAGGGUUGUCGCCUGCAGCAGCAGCAGCAGCAGCAGCAGCUAAAGCCAAAGCCCAACAAAACAACGGCAACAACAGCAAUACCAACAAUAGCAAUGGCAACAACAGCAACAACAACAGGAAUGCUAACAACAGCGCUGUCGGGAAGACCAACAAUAGCCGCAGCAGCAACAGCAGCAGCAGCACAGAAGACAGGAGACCUGUGGGUGGUGCAGGGGGUUUUGCUCCUGCUCCUGAUGCAGAAGAAUGGUUGUGUCCCCUUUGUUCUUAUUUACGUAAACAGCUGCCGCUGUUAGAUGAGGAGAUGGCAUUAGCAGCAAUACGCCUUGCUGCUGCGCCUCGUACAAAAGCAACAGCGGUUGCAUGCAUGACACCGCAUCAUAGUGAUUGGGGGCAAGAACAAUAUGAUGCAUUUAAGCAUUUCUCCCCUCCUACUCUCUUAGGUCUGCAUCAUGGUGAUGGUAUUAAGCCCAAAGGGUUUAAUCAUAGAAGAGCAGCAUUAGCACAGUACCACAACCCUACCCUCCCUCCUUCUGUUCGUGUUGAUAGAGAUGUUGUUGCUGCUGCUAUUGCUGCAGCAGCAGCAGCGCAAGCAACGAAUGACCCAGGUGAUAGCACCCCAACUACAACUGCCGCGGAUGCUGCGCCACCUGCUGCUGCUGCUGCCGCCGCAGCGGAAAGUGCGGCUGCAUCGACACCAACAAGGCCCAAAGAACCGACAGCAGAAGCAACAAGUGCUGCUGCCGAUGGCAACAGCAGCAACGGCCACAGCAGUAACCACGACAACAGCAGCAGCAACGGCAGCAGCAGCAGCGACGUUACAGUUAAUCCUGUGGACUAUCUUCGUCAGAUUCCCCUUUACUUCUCUGACUCGGAGGAUGAAGACAUGAGCUGUGUGGAGAAUGUAGCAACAACAGCAACAGCGCAGCAGCCUCGUGGUGUGGGUGGGACGAAGGGUGGUGCUCAGCAGCAGCAGCAGGAAGAUGAGCUGCUGCAGAGCAGCAAGUUUUACAGCAAGGACCCUAGACUAAGGUGUAUAGUCGAAGUGUCUCCUAUAAAGGGUCUCCUCGUUACCCUUCGUCUUCCUGUUUGCUGUCUCUGUGGCUUUGAUGGAUUCUGUGAAGGAGGAGGGCCUAUGAGGAAAACAGAUAAGCAAAUCGUUCUCUUCAUACUGAUUGGGAUAAUAGUAGACCUCUUAUCUUUUGUCAUGUACAUUCUAAGGAUAAAGCACCUACUCUUGUAA